GAAUCUGCCCAGUACAUUAUGUCAGCUGUGAAUGACACCAAACUCAAAUCUGCAAUGUUUCUUCUCACCGGGAUACCUGGGCAGGAAGAUGUCCAUCUCUGGAUCUCUAUCCCCUUCUGCUUCAUUUAUGUUUUUUCAGUAUUGGGAAAUUCAGUCAUUCUGUUCAUUAUAAAAACAGAUCCGAGCCUCCAUGACCCCAUGUACAUUUUCCUGUCCAUGUUGGCCGUCACAGAUCUUGGCUUAUCGAUAUCCACCAUCCCGACAAUAUUGGGCAUGUAUUUGUUUAACUCUAGGGAGAUCAGCCUUGAUGCCUGUUUUGCCCAGCUCUUCUUCAUCCACUCAUUUGCAUUCACUGAAUCCUCCAUACUCUUGUUGAUGGCAUUUGAUCGCUUUGUGGCGAUCUCUAACCCACUGAGAUAUGCUUCCAUCUUAACCCUGCCGAGAGUAUCUAAGAUGGGACUGGUGUGUGUGAUAAGAGGGGUGGCCGUAUCAUUCCCAUUCCCCUUUCUCCUGAAACGGUUCCAAUACUGUCGAGCCAAUGUCCUCUCCCAUUCCUACUGCCUGCACCAGGAUGUCAUGAAUUUGGCUUGUUCAGAUAUCACAGUCAACUACAUCUAUGGCUUGUUUCUUAUAGUCUUCACGGUGGGAUUGGAUUCACUGCUCAUCUUCCUCUCUUAUGUGAUGAUCCUCAAAACUGUGCUGAGUGUUGCAUCACACACACAGUGCCUCAGGGCCCUGAACACCUGCGUCUCCCAUCUCUGCGCUGUCCUGCUCUUCUACACGCCAGAUAUCGGCUUGGGUUUGAUACACAGAUUGGGGAAGGGCUCUUCUCCCUUACUACAGAUUGUCCUGGGCUACAUCUACCUGCUUAUCCCACCCCUGAUGAACCCAAUCGUGUACAGUGUGAAAAGCAAACACCUUCGUGCGAGGAUAAUCAGAGUGUUUGUCAAGUGA